CUGAAAUGGUAUUCGCACCCGCUCAGCUAUGACUUGACUUUACAUUGGGGUUGAAUAUAAACGGUGUGAUGACAUUGCGUGAAAGCGCCAAAGAGAACGCGGCACGCACACCACCAGUUUUCGGUGUCGGCACACAAGACAGAGUCAAUGGCAGUCAGUCUGUUCAGUUGGAGCGCGUUUACCGAUUGUGGUGGUUUUGGGAGCGGCAAUUUAGAUAAAUUUAGUGCGGCAAUUAUUGUCAGUGAUUGUAAAAUGUGUCUGCUCAAUGAUAAAAAAUUCACUUAAUAUUCUGUGGAAAAUUUAUAAAAAAGCACAAUAAUUAAAAGAGAAAUCGGUAGUUGUCCAUUUGUUCAGUUCUUGAUGCGAGCUCCAGCUGAAAGGUAGUAAGACUACACCGCUAACAAAUAUUCGAAAAUUCGUUACAUAUGUACAUACAAAUAAAUAAUUGCUCAAACGUGGUUUUAUUACGAAAAAAUCCUUAACAAAUUUAAAUAUAUACGUAAAAAUAGUAAUCUGCACAAAAAAACUCAACAAGCGGCUUAAAAGUUUAAAAGUGGCCGACUUAUUCUGACAAGUGACACAAAAAUAUUUAAAAAUUUCGUGAAAGAGUACAUAAAACCAGCAUUUAUAAAAGAAAACGCCAAUUUUCAAUAAAAUAAAAAAAUACGUUAAAAUGACAGAACGUUAUGCCAAUGGUGUUUCCACAAGUUUAGUGCAUAAUUCGCCACCUGUUGCAAGCAAUGGUAGCGUGGCCGUCACCGACGCCGCUGCCACGCUUAAUGGCCAUGGAAAUGGCAAUGCGGCAAUGCCUGAAUCUGACGACGGCGAUAAAAUCGUAUUGAAACGCAAACUGACGCUAAUGAACGGUGUGGCUAUCAUUGUGGGGACUAUUAUCGGUUCCGGAAUAUUUAUAGCGCCAACAGGUGUCUUCAACUAUACAGAAUCGGUGGGCUCGUCUCUGCUCAUUUGGGCUGCUUGCGGCAUACUCUCGACGAUCGGCGCACUUUGCUAUGCUGAGUUGGGUACGAGCAUCACACGUUCGGGUGGCGAUUAUGCAUACUUGUUGGUGGCAUUUGGACCGCUAGUCGGCUUUUUGAGAUUAUGGAUAGCUUUGUUAAUCAUUAGACCAACAACACAGACAAUCGUCGCGUUGACUUUCGCGCAAUACGCGGCAAAACCAUUUUUCGAAGACUGUUCACCGCCCGAAUCGGCUGUAAAGAUUUUAGCGGCAAUUUGUUUGUGUUUGCUCACUGCCAUUAACUGUUUAUCCGUGAAAUGGUCGAUGAAAGUUCAGGACAUAUUCACCGCCGGCAAACUUUUGGCAUUGGUCAUGAUCAUUUUAGCUGGUCUCUACUAUUUGGCGUUGGGCCGCUUUGAGAAUUUCGAAAACGCCUGGGAGGGCAAUUAUGAUGCGGGCAAUAUUGGAUUCGCCUUUUACUCGGGUCUGUUUGCAUUCGGUGGCUGGAAUUAUUUGAAUUUCGUAACGGAGGAGUUGCAGGAUCCAUACAAGAAUCUGCCACGCGCUAUUUGGAUUGCUAUGCCCCUAGUCACCGGUAUUUAUGUGCUUGUGAAUCUCGCCUACUUUGUGGUGGUUUCGAAAACGGAAAUGCUCAGCUCACUGGCAGUGGCGGUCACGUUCGGUAAUCGCGUAUUCGGACCGCUCGCCUUCAUGGUGCCGAUAUUUGUAGCGCUUAGUACAUUCGGUGGCGUUAACGGUGUACUCUUCACAUCGGCACGUCUCUUCGCGACGGGUGCACAAGAGGGUCAUCUACCAAAAUUCUUUACACUAUUCCACAUUAAACAACAAACGCCCAUACCAUCACUGAUAUUCUCGUGCAUCAUGUCGCUACUGACACUACUCACUGCCAACGUUUACGUUUUGAUAAAUUACUUCAGUGCCAUGUUGUGGCUGUCGGUGGUUGCCAGCAUAGCGGGCAUGCUCUGGAUGCGUCAUACCAAACCGAACAUUCCGCGACCUAUUCGCGUGCACCUGGCACUGCCAAUAAUCUUCAUUAUAUGCUGCCUGACCCUAGUGCUCUUGCCUAGCUUCAAGGAUCCGAUGAAUCUCAUUAUUGGUAUUGGUAUUACCGUUGCUGGUAUACCGUUUUAUUAUCUAUGCAUAGCGCGUAAGAAUAAACCAGCUUGUUAUGGUAGACUCUCACGUGGUAUGGUGAAUUUCUGCAGAGCCAUGUUCAAUACGGAGCUCAUAGAGAGUAGUGAAAGUGACGAGAAGUAAACUAAAAAGCAGCGAAAGCUUUAUGAAAACGAAAAUAAUGUAGGCUUUAAUUUUAGUAAAUAUUAAAUUAAACAAACUCAGCGCUAAACAGGUUAUGUUUUAGGUUAAAACAAGUACAUAUGUAACUAUUUAUGUAAGUACAAAAUAUUUCAUACGCGUAUUAUUUCAUUUUAUAGCGAAAAGUAUUGUAUUUAUUUCAUUAAAAUAAAAUAAAAUUUAUUUUAUAAGUUAAAGCUAAAGUUUAUGUAAUUAAGAUACACUCGCACUUACACAAGCAUAUUAGGAAUAAACUUGUAAAUAUGUAUGUACGUUUGCAGACCAACAAUAUAUGUAUGUAUAUCUAUGAACCAAUUUAUAAAAGUUUAAACCAAAAUUUAAUGAAUAGAAAAGUUGUUACCACCUUUAGUUAGUGCAUAUGAAGCUUCUAAAAAAACAGCAAUAAUGUUAUUAUUUACAAUUUUUAAUAUGAUUUUUUUCCGUUGCUAAAAAAUAAUUUGGGAGCAGGAGAUAUUACGAUAACCUUUCUUAAAAAAUAAUUUACUGGAGAUAUAUCGAUAACCUUUUUGAACGCUUCCGGCGUCUUUUUAAAUAAAUCAA